CAGAAAAUGCGCACCGAAACCCCGCGAACAUCUGCUCAGAAACCAAACAGAGGACCAGGACCACAAUAACAGUGACAUCCAGCGUCUUAUAAGAUCCUCCAGCAUCCACCUCCACCACUGACCGGACAUACAAUCAUUCAUCCUACCAUUCAUCCAUCCACCUGUUUAUAUCCUCACCUGCGGCAUGGAGAGCUGGAGCUGCCCGGAAUAACCAAAGCCUUAGGAAUGAGCAGCGCUUUUACUGAUCGAUCGCUUUAGUUUUCAGCUUUAGAGAUGAUGCCCGAGCACCAGAACCAUGUUGUCACCACUAUUGAGACCCUUCCUCCAGAAAGCGUCAGCGCUUCGACUCCAUCGCUUUUUCAGAGGAUGAAGAAAGUCUUUAACAGGGAACUUGUCCUCACGCUGGCUCUCGGUCAGGUCUUAUCGCUGCUCAUCUGCGGGAUUGGCCUGACCAGCAAAUACCUGGCGGACGAUUAUCACGCAAACACCCCUGUGUUUCAGAGCUUUCUCAACUACAUCCUGCUGUUCCUGGUCUACACCACCACACUGGCAGUCAGGCAAGGAGAGGAGAAUCUCUUGGCAAUAUUGAAAAGACGAUGGUGGAAGUACAUGAUUCUGGGAUUGAUCGAUAUAGAGGCCAAUUACCUGGUCAUCAAAGCCUACCAGUACACCACACUGACCAGCGUUCAGCUCCUGGACUGCUUCGUGAUCCCUGUGGUGCUGCUGCUGUCCUGGUUCUUUCUCUUAGUCAGGUAUAAAGUGCUGCACUUUGUGGGUGUUGGCGUGUGUCUCCUGGGCAUGGGCUGCAUGGUGGGCGCAGACGUCCUGGUGGGCCGACAACAAGGCCUCGGAGAUCAUAAACUCUUAGGGGAUUUAUUGGUUCUUGGUGGAGCUACGCUGUACGGCAUCUCCAAUGUUUGUGAGGAAUUCAUCGUGAAGAAUCUGAGCCGGGUCGAAUUUCUGGGAAUGAUGGGUCUUUUCGGCUCCUUCUUCAGUGGCAUCCAACUGGCCAUUAUGGAGCACAAGGAGCUGCUGAAGGUGCAGUGGGACUGGCAGAUCGGGCUUCUGUACAUUGGCUUCAGCGCGUGUAUGUUUGGCCUGUACAGCUUCAUGCCUGUGGUGAUCAAGAGAACCAGCGCAACAGCGGUCAAUCUGUCUCUGCUCACAGCCGACCUGUACAGCCUCUUCUGCGGACUCUUCCUCUUCCAGUACAAGUUUUCAGGACUCUACCUGCUGUCCUUCUUCAUCAUCGUCCUGGGUCUGGUCCUCUACUCCUCCUCCUCCACCUACGUGGCACAGGACCCUCGCGUGUAUAAGCAGUUCCGCAACACGGGAAACGCCCUCACAGACACGCCCACAUCCGGCCACCUGGAGCCCUCAGUGACCUAUACCAGCCUGGGCCAGGAAAUAGAGGAGGAGCCACGCAUUCGAGUCGCCUGAAGGGGGCAUGGACUGGCAGAUCAAUCAUCCACUGCCCCGCCCAGCAGUCUGUAGAAAAGCGAAUGAUAUCGAUCACCGAAUGAUGUAAUCAACCACGUAGCAAACGAGUACACUGUGAUCACGAACUGUCAGUAGGUAGCAGUGACUUCUGAGUUAUCAGAUCCAUCAUGUAUAGAGAUUACUUCACCUCAUUGCCUCUUUUCCCCGCAGCAAUUUAAAGGGACAGUUCAUCUAAAAACUAGACUUUACUCAUUUACAUUUCCAAGUGGUAUAUGUUUGGAAGCCUGUUUCCGACAAUGAAUACAAUUAUUUUGACUUUUUAUCGCAGAAUUGCACGAUACAAACUGGCAAUUCUAUACAUUCUUAUAUGUAAACUUGAAAUUGUAUGUUAUAACGUCAGAAUUACGUGAUGUAAAGACAUUGACCUUAUUCUUGAAGUACGUGUGCAGCCAUCUGAAUUUUCUUGGGCUCAAGACAUCAGCUCUCAUUCACUUUCAUAAAUUUUUAGAUGUUAAAUACAACUCAUUCUGCUGCUUGAUAUUGAAAACUGAUCUUUUCUUCUUAUAUUAUUCUACUUUUUAUGUGUACACACUUGUUUGUAGAGAAAUUAGUUUGACCAUUUUCUGUCGUUUAUUAUUCCUAGUCAUUUCUCCCAUAGGCAACUGAGUUGAAGUUCUAAAACAAUCACAAAAUCGAGCGCACUUCCGGAUUGUAGAAUAGACCCUUUUCACAUGACAUCACAUGGUGUUCGGUUUCACUCCAUGCAGCGUAUCUUUACUUUCGCCUCCACAGAACUCCCCAUAGAGAAUUCACCCAGUCAUUUAUAGACGAAAUAUUUACCAGAUAAUAUGUGAAAAUUUAA